UUCUACACAUGGAUGAUUUUAGUGAUUCUUGCAGACCACAGAAAGAGUUUAGUUUGACUAAAUGUAAAAUAUUUUUGCCGUGCAGAUUUGCCAGACUGGACAAGGCCAUGGUAACCACUUCUCCUGACAUAGUGUUAGUCAUCACAAACACUAAAGCGGCUUUGUCCGAACAACUACCACUAGACUGCAGCAUAUACAGUGGGCAGUGCAAUGCAACAAUGGCAAAUGAGACAGAGAUAUGCAUGGGAGUCAACAGCACAGAGCUUCAGAUCCACCUAGACAGAUCAACGAUGGCCGGACGGCACUGCAGCUUCUCUGUGGAGGAAUUUGCCUGUGCCUCUUUGUCAGGUUUAACAGCUGGGGAUCUGGCAGCCAUGUUGGGUUGUGAUAGGGUCUCCGACUCAAGAGGCUCCAAACCUGCCUGGAAGCUGCUGCUCUCCAAAGCCUCCCUGGUCCUGGAUCAAGCUCUGGAUCUGCUGAGCAACACCACGCUCCGUCCUGACCAUCCUUCUGCCUCCAUGAUCCUGGACUCCAUACAAGAACUCCGGCUGGAUGUCGUCAGCAUGGCCGUCCUCAACGAUCCCGCCUUCCUCCAGAUGUGGUUCGGCCGCCGCCUUCGUCCGUUCCUGCCAGCUGUUUCCAAGGACUUCCUCUCAUGUCUCUCCUCCAAAUCACUGAACUGCAGCACCUACCAGUACAUCGUGAAGACAUUGAGCGAAGUUCAGUCAAACAUGUUGCCUGAAAGGCAAAUGUCUGUCUUUACACACUUCAUCACAGUUUAUCUGACAAAAAACAACACUGCAGAUCCAUCCUGCAGCUCCAACAUAGUCGGCAGCAGCGACUGGCUGCAGAAGAACCUGGGAGGCUUUUCUGUUUUCAUCUCCAUCGAGGAACUGCAGAAGCUCUACCCCAACUUUUCACCAAUGGAAGCACUGGCCUCUCUGUCUGUCGGACAGCUGGUGGCCUUAUCCACCAUACCUGGGCUGCUCACGACUCCUGACCAGGUUGCCAUGGUGAUGAAAUACGUCCCAGACCCAAUGUUGGCCUUCUUCUUUGAUGAGUUCUCAGUCGCCAUUAGGGGAAAUGAACACAUGAUGCCCUCCGCAGUGAGGUCCGCCAUGCUGGAGGUUGUGUUCGAUCGUGCAAACCUGUCCCAUCCCUCAGUGGAGGACUCGGUGGUAUCCCAGUGGCUCAAUAAUCGACUGCCUCCCCUGGUCAUAAGCUUGAUCCCCUCCCAAGUCAACCCAUACUUCCAGAUACUGGCAGGAAGGAACUGCAGCAUUGGACAGCAGGGUGUAACGCUUCUCAAUUCGACAAUCCCAACACUCACUGCGGAUUCCCAGAAAGAAAUCUACAACCACAUCAUUCUGGCACUGAAAGCCCCUCCAGCUCUCCGUUGCUACCGUGACAGCAGCUUCUACAGCUUCGUCGAGGACUCGUUCUUGGGAUUCCAGUUCCCCAACCUGACCACCUUCCUGUCCCUCAUGCCUCGUGACCAAAAGCAUCUGCUGGUGAACUCCAUGCCUCCGUCACAUCUGGGGAACCUGCUGCGUCGGCCAGACGUCAUCGAUGACGAAGCACUGCUCUGUGGUCUCUACAGCAGCUAUGUUCAGACACCAGUGUUUUUGGAAACCGAGUUCCUGCCGGUAGACGUCAGGCGUCCCACCCUGCCCUGCGUUUGGCCCAUGGCCCUCAGCAGCACCAACAGGUCAGAGGUCAACGCUUGGUUUGACCGAAGCCUCCAGAACUACUUGGUCUUCCUUUCAAAGAGUCUGAUCAGUCCAGCUGUUACACACAACACCGCGUGUCUGGCCUUCCAGAAACUUGUCUCGGUUCUUGGUCAAUACAACUACACCGGGGUGGACUUUGUGCGGGAAGAUGUGUUCAACACCAUCAGGGAUUACCUCCAAUCAGCAACACCAAGAUGUUACGACCCCAAAGACCCAGAGCUGAACUCUACGGCUUGGUUUGCUGAGUACAUCGGCCCUUUCAUGCCGUUCCUCACUCUUGAGAUUCUUCAGACCUUCGGAUCGGAUCAGACCCUGCAGGUGUUCACGGUGAACCCCCUGAACAUUGCACUCCUCAACCACUCGGUUUUGCCUCAGAACCUCACUAAUUACUACACUGGACUAGUCUACAAACAAGACAGUAACUUCAACCCCCUUCUCCUUCCUAUAUUGUGCCGGUGCGUCGCUCCGGGCACGGCAUUCACCCAGCUGACUCCAGGAGAAAGUUUGUUCGUGUUGCCGAACCUUACCGUUGUCUGCCAAGAUCUCAAUCCACAGAUUUCUGCUGCUCUGACGAGCAACUUGGGUGAUAACAUCGACUCCAACGCCAUCUCUGCUCUCGGCAAUGAGAGCACCAGCUUGUCCAAGGGGCAGAUCAAGGCCAUCCAGCCACAGCAGCUGGUCAACGCCCUGUUCACACUCAGCAACGUGAUGGGCUGGAAUGGAGGACAGGCAAAGAGCAUUAUCGAGUCUCUCUUGACCGUGACGCAGAUCAACAGCUCUUCGUCACUUUUUACGCUGGGUACUCUCAUCAUUGGUGUGCCCUCCAGAGUUUUCAGGACAAUCCAGGGCUCUGAGAUUUUGGUCGCCUCCAGAAAUCCCUCGCUUGUGGGACACAUGAUGUCUGCUCCAAAGGUUGUCCAGCAGAUUUUUGUCACACAGAUUUUAUCGAUGAACAGCACCGGAGAGGCGAUCAUCCAGAACGUUCCGGACGAAAUGGCCACUGAGAUCCCUCGAGCUUUCCUGCAGAGCUUUACAGCCGACAGCGUCACAAAACUCAACAAGAAGAAAUGGAAACCCCAGCAGGCUGAGCUGUUCUUUGACGUAAUCGCAGUGGAAAGCUCCACGGCUGUCCUGGGAAGUGCGAACGACCUGUCUUCCUCUGUGCUGCAAGGAUUCACAUGCACAAGUGUGAGAACGAUUCAGAAGGCGCAGGUCAAGAAUCUGAUCAAAGCCUGUCGGCGCAAAGGCACAGGCAAAGUCAAACUGGAGGAGUCUCAGUUGACCUGCAUGUUCAACCACAUCAGAGGAGAACCAGACAUCACCAGCUUUGAUCUUUUCCCUCCAGAUGUCCUGCUAUACUAUGACUACACUCUGGUGCCCCAGAGCAACUGCAGCCGCUACUUUGAACAGCUCAGCGACGCCGACUUCUCGGUGUUCUCCUCAGAACUCAGCUACAAGCGGACCGCUCUGUUCGAAAACGCCAAGAGUUGCCUGGGCAUAACAACCACAAACCUGACUAAAGAUCAAGUAACAGUUCUGGGAAACAUGUGCUGCUACCUGAGCCCCUCUUACAUCCUGAACUCUGAUGAAUCCAUCUUGGAGAAACUGAAGACCUGCCCGGAUCUGUCUGCCGCUCAGGCGACCGCAGUGGAGACCCGUCUGAUCGGUGGGACCACUAGAUAUCGACUUGCUCCGACAUGGACUGAAACAACGCUGAGGAACCUCGAUACAUUUCCUCUGUAUAUGUCUUCAGGUUUCUAUGACUACUUUGACGAAACCACGAAGCGCUCAUUCUUAAAAUACUACCUGAAAGUCCUCAAAACUGAUGGAGUCAACAGAGCGAAGAUAGGGGCAAUGAUAGAACAAAUAAGACAAUCAAUUGGAAGGAGACUUAAGCAACAGACAGUCACUGAAUGCACAGUAGGAAACAUCACCCUGGUCACCAUCAGUGAUGACACCUUCCCCUUCGACUACAGCGACAUCAAUCAGUUCAACAGCUGUCUCAGUUCUGCGGUUGUCAGGGACAACCUGGAGAUUAUCACCCAGAAGGUGGAUCAAAGGGAUUACCUCAAGAUUGUUCUCGCCAAGCUGCAGGAGGCGUACAGCACCACCGUCCCUGAAGACCAGGUCCAGAUCUUGGGCCCGGCAUCGCGCGUUGCCUCGAUAGAUCAGAUCAAUACAUGGACCAUCACUCAGGUGGACACGCUCGCAUCUCUGAUGGACACAACAUACGGAGCGUGGGAUCCAAGCUUGGCUAAAGCUAUCAUCUCUAAGUAUCUGAGCGUGGGAGGCAACAAACUUGAGAGCGCCGAGCUUAAUGCUAUCGGAGGACCAAACCUGUGCUCUGUGGACGUUACGGUUCUUAGCAACAUCUCUCAGCAGAGCUUGAGAGAUGCCGAUGCUUUGGAUGUGUCCAACUGCACCACUGACAAACUCAAAGUGCUCUUCAACAUCGCCCUUCCAGGGUUUCAAUCUACCUCCAGAUCAAACGUUCCAUUGUACUUGUACCAGCUCAUAAAGCCAUACCUGGGAGGCGCACCUUAUGCUUUUGUUCAAAGUUUGGCAGCCUCCAACGUCAAUAUGGACCUGCGGACAUUUAUUAACAUGGACACGAGUGUGAUACAGAGUCUGAGUGUUAGCGAAGUUAAAGCUCUUCUUGGCGACAACCUGCUUGAUUUAAAGAGCUUUGAAAAUACGCCGAUAGUAAGAAGCUGGAUCUCAAGCAAGCUACAAUCAGAACUCGACACACUGGGUAUUGGGCUUACAGGAGGCCGAGUAAGCAGCACCACCUCUGCUGCAAAAACAACUACAACACCCACAACAACUGUCAAAACCACCAAAGGUGCCGGGGCCCGGAUCCAUGGAGACGUCGCCGGCCUCACCUUCUUUGUUUUCCUCGCGCUCCUCGUCUCGUCCAAUCGGAUUGCGAUCUGAAGAAACGCGCGGCUGUUUAUCAAACACGGACUGUAGGCCAAAAUCAAUGCUUGAAUUAACGGGUGAAAUCAUUUUUAGAUUUAUGUGUAAUUGAAAACAAAUACUGUGCUGAUUACGUUGUUUAUAAUGAACAAAAAUAUUUCCUGAACAAAAAUGGGUGCAAAUAUUGUGCUUGUGAUUACUUAAUACUUUGCUAUAAAACCUUUUAUGUCUUAUCUAUAAUACCAGAUGUACUUCUUAUACUACAAUUUGCUGUAGGUAUUUGUGAAGGGAGAGAUAUUCUGUAUUUUUGCUCUCCAUAUUUUACUUCUGAUACCUCAUAUGAAGGAUGCUUCUGUUAACACUUAUUGAAAUAAAAUGCUUUUCUUGAGUAAACUCUCCACUUUA